AUGGAGUAUUUCGACUUUGAAGGUGCCUCAUCGGCUCACGGGUCUACUCACCAAAGCGACCUUGCUUCGGUUGAUCUUGAAUUUGAUGAAGCCGAUGAACGGGCCGCCAAUUUCAACUCGUUACUUGAUGACCAGCCAUUGGAGGUUGUCCAUGACCCGCCGGUCCCGGAGACUGCCGAAUUGGAACUACCAGAUGCCGUUGGCCCAGACCAGGACACCGGAGUCUACCCCAUGUUCCGCGCCGAACAGCCCUGUGACUUUUGUCGACGAAUGGGACUCGAUUGUUUUGUCGCCAAACGUGGUGUGAUGCACCAGAACGGUUGUACCUGCUGUAUCUCUCUCUGGCGCGAAUGCAGUUUCACCCAUGCCAAAGUUCCUGGCAAGUUCCUUCAAACAUUACAGCCGCUGUCAGAGAACGCCUACAUCCCAACGGGCGGCCUGACUGGAAAACGAGCCCUCAAAUCUGUGUCUUACGGUGGUUUUGGGGAUGAUUCAGACUCGCGCUCACGCAAGAAUAGUGCUACUCGAUUUUCUCGCAAGGCCCUUAAUGUUCUCAAGGGUUGGCUGCGCGACCACAACGAGAAUCCCUACCCUACCGAGAUCGAGAAAGAUGAAUUGAAGGACAGCACUGGCCUGACAAGAACUCAAAUCACCAAUUGGCUUGCGAAUGCUCGACGACGCGGCAAGGUUCGCCCUGCCGGCACCGAAUCUUCUGCUCCAGGCGCUGUCAACAUCCCUGGUCAAAACAGAACAGACGUGUCCCUCAUGACUCCUAUUGAACGUUGGAAACAUUCACCCCCCGAGAACGAACCUGCUACGAUCAGUGAUAUUGCUCGCGCUCUCGCAAAUCCGCCAUUUGAUCCAUCACGCCAACGCCCACCCCAAUCGAGUCACGUGAGGGUCCGUCGCCCUGGAUCUACCAAUGAGUCAAGCCGUGCAAGCUCAGACCACAAAAGAUAUACCGCCUCGGGAAGUAGUUUGACUAGUCAUUCAUCCGUAUCUGAUCUUUCCUUUGCUUCUGCAUACUCCCAUCGAUCUUCCCUUUCCUUUGGCUCAAUGGAUCGCAAAGAACGUCGUCGUCGUCGCAAGACGUCGGCACCGGUCAAUACUUUCAAUCAUCAGAAGGCUCGGGCUGCUCGUCCCUUUCAAUGCACCUUCUGUACCGAUUCAUUCGCUGCCAAAUACGAUUGGCAACGCCAUGAAAAAUCCAUGCAUUUGAUCUUGGAAAGGUGGACAUGUUCUCCGCACGGCGGCGUCACUGAAGAGAAUGGCACACUUCGAUGCGUCUUCUGCUUUGCAAUCAAUCCUGACAAGGACCAUUUGGAAACCCACAACUACCUGAGCUGUCAAGAAAAGUCUAUCCAGGAGAGAACUUUCUAUCGGAAAGAUCACCUCAAUCAACACCUUCGCCUCAUGCACAAUGGCAAGUUUCAGCCCUUUAUGGAAAUCUGGCAGAGUAGCAUCACCAACAUUAGAUCCCGAUGUGGGUUCUGUACAUCGAUAUUGCACACAUGGAAAGAUCGUGUGGACCAUCUUGCCGGUCACUUCAAGAAUGGGGCCAAUAUGUCCCAAUGGCAUGGGGACUGGGGCUUUGAGCCCCAUAUUCUUGAGCGGGUUGAAAAUGCCAUACCGCCAUACAUGAUCGACUACGAGUGGCGUUCACCAAAUCCUUGGACUACCGUGCAGUCACAAGAGACUGAAACCACCCCGAGGCUGAGUGUGCCUCACGAUGCCAAUUGCUAUGACCGCCUCUCCCACGAGCUCACUGCGUACAUUCAACAUCAAGCCUCAGAGGGGUUAAUUCCCACUGAUCAGAUGAUACAAGCUGAGGCUCGUCGAGUCAUUUAUGGCUGUGACGAUCCUUGGAAUCAAACCUGCGCCGACAACCCUGUCUGGCUUGGUAUCUUGAAGCGGGACAAUGGACUUCAAUCUGCUGUGAACAACGACAGCAUUCAGUUUUCAGAUCUUGGGUUGCAACCCCCCUUCGCCGCCCCUGGAGGUCUGCGCAAUGCUCCACCAGAAACCAAUAUUCUAGCGAGGGCCGUAUGUCCUGGUACCCUCCCCAGUUCAGCAGUAUCCAGUCCUGGUCUCCGGAGUCCGGCCUACCCAGGAACCGGUUUCUCUUCUGCUGGCCCCAGCGGCGCAGGUAGUCUUUCAGGCAGCUAUGUUGGCAGUGCAGGGAUGAUUUCAGCUGGUGUCCCAGCAUUUUCCUCUGAUUGGGGAAGCAGCCUUCCAGGGAACGCUUCAGCCUCUUCCGCUCCUUUAGAGGGGUCUGCUGAUCCCUUGGUGCAGAUGGGCUUCGACCCAGAGUUCCUGCAACGUCUGAACGAUAGCUACAGCGAACUAACGCCGCCCGAUCUGGGUGACUUACCUUUGGGUGAUUCCGCAGCUUAUGAAGGCAAGGGGAAGCAAAAAUGGACGGGCCCAGCCCAACAAAUGUCGGAUUCCAUCGCCAUCCUCCAUUCAAAAGAGGGCGGUCCUCCUGCGUCAGAUAAUGUCCAGAAUGAUCCGUCUGCAUUUUAUGAUAAUACUGGGUUCUAA